AUGGGCCGUGGACCAAAGAAGCACCAGAAGCGCCUCAGCGCGCCCAGCCACUGGCUCCUGGACAAACUGUCCGGUGCCUACGCCCCCAAGGCCUCCCCCGGUCCUCACAAGCUCCGCGACUCGCUGCCGUUGAUCAUCUUCCUCCGCAACCGCCUCAAGUAUGCGCUCAACGGUAACGAGGUCAAGGCGAUCGUCAAGCAGCGCCUGAUCAAGGUCGAUGGCAAGGUCCGCACCGACAGCACCUUCCCCACCGGUCUCAUGGACGUCAUCUCCAUCGAGAAGACUGGCGAGAACUUCCGCCUGAUCUACGACACCAAGGGCCGCUUCACCAUCCACCGCAUCACCGCUGAGGAGGCACAAUACAAGCUCGGCAAGGUCAAGCGUGUUCAGCUUGGCAAGGGUGGCAUUCCCUACUUGGUUACGCACGAUGCGCGAACCAUCCGUUACCCCGACCCCGCCAUCAAGGUCAACGACACCGUCAAGGUCGACCUUGCUACUGGCAAGAUCUCCGACUUCAUCAAGUUCGACACUGGUGUGAUCGUCAUGGUCACUGGUGGUCGCAACAUGGGUCGUGUUGGUGUCAUCACCCACCGUGAGCGUCACGAUGGUGGCUUCAACAUCGUUCACUUGAAGGAUGCCGUUGACAACGAGUUCACUACUCGUGAGUCCAACGUUAUCGUCAUCGGACAGGAUAAGCCCUGGAUCUCCCUUCCCAAGGGCAAGGGUGUCAAGCUCUCCAUUGCCGACGAGCGUGACCGCCGCAGGGCUUACGCCAUUGCCGGCCAGUAA